CCUUUCCAGAUUUUUAUUUUGAAAAGCCGCCAUCUUGACGGCCAUGACUACUGUGAGGUGUUGGUGAUUGUUUUCACUUUUGUGUAGGUGUGUGAGUGUAAGAGUGAUUCUACUCUGCUUUCAAAGAACAAGAGGAAGAACAAAAGGCCAAAACUGGAAGGGCUCAGCAGUGCCUGGGAGCCCAGGGAGACACUGUCUGAGUCCCUUGGGGUAAACGGCAAGAAACCGGUGACUAUGAACGCCACAAAGGGAGGCCUGGUCAUUUUUACGGCCAACUCCAACCCGUCCAGCAGAGAGCUGGGGAAAAGGAUUGCAGAUCGUUUGGGUGUGGAGCUUGGCAAGGUUCAGGUCUAUCAGGAGGCAAACAGAGAGACACGGGUUCAAAUCCAAGAGUCUGUUCGUGGUAAAGAUGUCUUUAUCAUCCAGACUGUAUCAAAGGACGUUAAUACAACCAUCAUGGAACUGCUUAUCAUGGUGUACGCCUGCAGGACCUCUUGUGCACGGAACAUUAUCGGAGUCAUUCCCUACUUCCCUUACAGUAAACAGUGCAAAAUGAGGAAAAGAGGCUCAAUCGUUUCCAAACUGCUGGCCUCUAUGAUGUGUAAAGCAGGUUUGACCCAUCUCAUUACUAUGGAUUUGCACCAGAAGGAAAUCCAAGGCUUUUUUAACAUUCCAGUAGACAACCUGCGAGCAUCUCCUUUUCUGCUGCAGUACAUUCAGGAAGAGAUCCCUGAUUAUAGAAACGCAGUAAUUGUGGCCAAAUCUCCAUCAUCAGCUAAAAGGGCACAGUCAUUUGCUGAAAGGCUCCGACUGGGCAUUGCUGUGAUCCACGGCGAAGCGCAGGACGCCGAGUCUGAUCUUGUAGAUGGACGACACUCUCCGCCUACCGUCAAAAACAUUGGAGCUAUCCACCCCAGCCUGGAGAUUCCUUUACUCAUCCCAAAAGAAAAACCUCCAAUUACCGUAGUGGGAGAUGUGGGAGGUCGGAUCGCUAUUAUUGUGGAUGAUAUUAUCGAUGAUGUGGACAGUUUCCUGGCAGCAGCUGAUACGCAAGAGAGAGGUGCUUACAAAAUCUUUGUCAUGGCCACUCACGGAAUCCUGUCCUCUGAUGCACCACGUCUGAUAGAGGAGUCUGCGAUCGAUGAGGUGGUUGUCACAAACACCAUUCCACAUGAGAUCCAGAAACUCCAAUGCCCCAAGAUCAAGACGGUCGACAUCAGCAUGAUCCUGUCAGAAGCAAUUCGGCGCAUUCACAACGGAGAGUCGAUGUCUUACCUGUUCCGCAACAUAGGCAUGGAUGAUUGACAGCUUCGUCACGUUCAGUGUCGCCACUGCCACUGUUUUUCUCCUUCUUAUACACUUUUAGUAGAAUUUGUGGCCAAAAAGUGUUCUCAGGCCAUUACACUUGUUUAUUUGUUUUUUUUUUUUUUUUUUUUUUUUUUGUACAACACAUUUUUUUAUUUAUUUUUAUUGUUUUGCGCAAAUCCUUUUCACUUAGUAAUUAUUGCUGUGUGUUUUCAAAGAGGGAGAGUUUUGCAAAAUGCCCUUUAUAGCAGUUUGUUUUGGUUGCUGAUUUGUAAUUAUUUAAGUAAAAAAAAAAACAAAAAAAAACACUGGCUGUUUUUUUUUUUUUUUGUUGUUGAUUACAUUGAAUACCAAUUUGUACUUUAUGUAUGUCACUCUUGAUUGAUUCAAAUUUGAAUGGCUAAUCAGGGUUAAAGUGCUUUGUUGUGUUAGAUUAAUAAUUGACAGUCCUAUUUAUUUGCAUUCUUGGAGAGAGAGAAUUCUUUCACAUGGCCAACAAUAACAAAUAUUAAUCAUCUAUUAGCACGGAGCCAUAUAAUUGUACUAGUCAUUGCCUCACGACUUGUGUAAUCACUGUGCUACUGGGUAUUUAGACCUGUUAUUUAUUUGGCACUAACAAAUUAAUAUAUUUGACAGACCUUUAAUGUGCAAAGAAUUCGACUGUCGCUUGAAUUAGAAGUAGUCAUUAAGUAGAAAUAUUAGUAUAUUUCAUGAUGACAUGUUCAGAUGUGAGCAUACGGAAGUUCAUUUGCUUUUACUAGAUGUUAGUCCAUACAGCGCAAUCCUGCUUCAGAACUGUAUCAAGUUAUGUUUAACUUUUUUCCGGCCAGUCUGUUGCAGGGCCUUUUGUUAUUGUACUAAUCCUUCAGCCUCUCACAUUUCCUAACAGCACUUGAUUAUAUAAUAAAUUAAUAUAAAUGAUA